CACCUCUAUCCUCUUUGACCCACCCUCUCUCUCUCUAGCUCUCAAGCACUCUGACUCCUCUUUCUCUCUCUACCCCUCCUUUUCUCCCUUCUCCCUUUCCACCCCUUGUCUACCCUCUCCCCAGACCCAUAUUCCCCCUCCCACCUCCUCGGCCACCUUCCUUCACCUUCGAAACGAUAACCCUAAUUCCCCUUCUCGCCAUCUCUUCCUUACCUCCUCCCCUCUCUCUGGUGGCUCUGCCGUGCUUAUCUGCUUCUAUAUGCUCCAGAAAAACCACAACUCUUUCACCAAAGCUAAAAUUAUUUGUAAUCAUAGUGAUCUUAAAUAUGAUGAUAAGAAAUUCGGGGUUGUUUUCGGUGUGAAUCACGGGGUUUCGAUUAUGUUGGUUGGGUCGAUUAACGUUUUUGCGAUGUAUUCGGCUUCAAAUAGUAAAAUUUGGGUGUUUUCGGUCAAAAUCAUGGAUAAUGAGGAGGAUGGGGUGAAUAUGAAGUUGAUCAAGUGUGCUCUGAUUGAUUGUACCGUGCCGGUAUUUUCGAUUAGUAUUUCGUUUGGGUUCUUGGUUUUGGGGGAAGUCAAUGGGGUCAGGGUUUUUCCGUUAAGGCCCCUCGUGAAAGGAAAGGUUAAAAAAACUAGGCGAGUGUGUAAGAAUUUUAAUGUUGGAUUGGAUACUGGGGAGUUCGAUGGACAGAGAUUGAAUUUGCCCAAUGGGGUAGCUCGGGAAGUCAAUGGAAGUGAUGAAUUUGAUAACAAUUCAAAGGAUUGCACAAAUUGUGGAGUUGUUGGUCGUGGUACCAGAAGUAUUGCUCCUGAAGGGACUGUUGAGGUUUCUUCUAAUGGCCACCGGGAAAAAAAGAUAGACAAGCAAGGUGUAGUUUCAAAAAAUUUUGGAUGA